GACAUUGUCGUAAAAAGACGUGACGCUAAGGACUCCUGUUGUCCACGGCGGUCCUUUUAUUUAUAAUGUUAGAAACUCGAUUAAAUCGCAGUGUUCUCCUUCAUAAAGUUACAUUCGUUUUAUAGUAGCACAGAAAGUCUCAGUUUACUCUGCGCUUGUGUUUGUAUUUUAAUAACAAAGGACGAUAAUGACGUAAACAGUCAGGCUCGUUUUCGGUUUUAAUGAAGAUUUGUUCAGCUUAGACAGUUAAAGUUCAAUUAAAACAGAUUUUAGUACAAACUCUCAGUUUGUGAGAGUCAAGAGAGAUUAAAGCGGAUACUGUAACUCGUGUUUUGUAGUGCGACCAGUGUUAAAGUUUCUCUGCAGCAGUGAGAGGUUAGUUUAUUGACCACACAGAAUCUGUGUUCCCUGUAUCUGUAUACAAACUGCGAUCUUCCAUCGUUUCUUCUGUUCAACGAAAUGACGGACGGGGACGACGACGUGCCGCUCAUUCUGACCUGGGACGAUGCGACCAGCGGGCUACUGCAGGACGAUGAAAUUCCCCCAGGAGCUUUUUGAUCUGACAGAGCAAGCCAACACUGUUAUUGUCUUGUGCGUACUCAGUGAGAGCUGUUUACAGACAGCUAUGGGGUAGGAAAUUAUGAUAUUGUAAAUAAUGUCGCCAUUCCAACCGCAGGAGCAGCAGAUCCAAGGGGCCAGAAUUCUCUGUGUCAGAGCUGGGAAAUGAACUACCAAGAAGCAGCAAUAUACCUGCAGGAGGGAGAGAAUAACGACAAGUUUUUUACACAUCCACGGAAUGCCCAAGCACUCAGAGCCUACCUGUUUGCUCAUAAUCAUCUCUUCUAUGUGAUGGAGCUGCUGACUGCUGUGUUACUCAUGCUGCUGUCUCUCUCUGAAGCUCCUGCUGUCCCCUUCCUUCGUCUGGACGUCUAUGUCCAUGCUACACUGGAGUUGUUGGCAUUGGUGUUGGUGGCCUUUGAAUUGUGUAUGAAGCUCCGAUGGCUUGGGUUUCAUACCUUUAUACGACAUAAGAGGACCAUGGUGAAGACCUGUGUCCUGUUUAUUCAGUUCAUAGAGGCGAUUGUGGUCUUAGUUCGGCAGACGUCCCACCUGCGAGUAACGAGAGCCCUGCGGCCGAUCUUUCUGGUGGACUGCCGUUACUGUGGAGCUGUGCGAAGAAACCUGAGGCAGAUAUUUCAGUCCCUUCCACCCUUCAUUGAUAUUCUCCUGCUCCUGCUUUUCUUCAUGGUUAUUUUUGCCAUACUAGGAUUCUGUCUGUUCUCAGCCAACACGGCUGACACUUAUUUUAAAACACUGGAGGACAGCAUUGUGAGUCUAUUCGUCCUUCUGACCACCGCAAAUUUUCCAGACGUGAUGAUGCCAGCAUAUUCAAAGAAUCGUUGGUCAUGCAUUUUCUUCAUUGUCUAUCUGUCCAUCGAGCUCUACUUCAUCAUGAAUCUGCUCCUGGCGGUUGUUUUUGACACUUUUAAUGGAGUUGAGAAGAUGAAGUUUAAAUCUCUGCUACUACACAAGCGAUCUGCCAUUGAGCAUGCAUUCCAGCUGCUGGUUAGUCGACAGAGGCCAGAUGGAGUGUCUCUGAAACAGUUUGAUGGACUGAUGCGAUUCUAUCGUCCACAAAUGUCUGCACGGGAUCGUUUCCUUACCUUUAAAGCCCUCAACCAGUCAGGCGCAACCAUGUUGAGCCUUCAGGACUUUUAUAAGUUUUAUGAAGUCACUGGGCUCAAAUGGAAGGCUAAACGGAGUGGAGAGUACUGGUUUGAUGAUCUUCCUCGUACUGCAUUCCUCAUUUUCAAAGGAAUCAAUUUACUUGUAAACUCCAAAGCUUUCCAAUAUGCAAUGUAUCUGGUAGUAGCAACUAAUGGCAUCUGGAUCCUAGUGGAGACAAACAAAUUACAUGGGAGCUCUUCUCUCCUCACAGAAGGGGUCUCUUGGACUCGUGUUGUCCCCCUGAGUUACAUUAUUUUCCUCACAAUUUACGGAGUUGAGGUCUUAUUGAAGAUCUCAGGCCUUGGUCCUAUGACAUAUUUCAGCUCAGGAUGGAACCUCUUUGAUUUCUCAGUAACAGUCUUUGCCUUUCUGGGAUUGAUUGUUCUGGCCUUUGAAAUGGAGCCAUUCUACUUCAUUGUGGUGUUGAGACCUCUUCAGCUUCUCCGGUUGUUUAAAAUUAAGCAGCGUUAUCGGAAUGUUCUGGACACAAUGUUUGAGCUCUUCCCACGUAUGGCCAGUCUAGGUCUAACUCUCAUUAUCUUCUAUUAUUCCUUUGCCAUUGUUGGAAUGGAGUUUUUCGCUGAUGUUGUUUAUCCAAACUGCUGCAACACUAGCAAUGUUGCUGACUCGUAUCGUCAGAUUAAUGUAACCUUUGGCAAUGGGACAAAGCUGGAGGAGGGAUAUUACUAUCUCAAUAACUUUAAUAACAUCCUGAGCAGCUUUGUCACGCUGUUUGAGCUAACAGUGGUGAACAACUGGUACAUCACUAUGGAGGGUGUGACAUCACAAACUUCUCACUGGAGUCGCCUCUAUUUCAUGACCUUUUACAUCGUCACUAUGGUUGUCAUGACGAUAAUUGUGGCUUUCAUACUGGAUGCGUUUGUCUUCAGGAUGAACUACAGUCGGAAGAACAGAGAGCCUUUGGGCGACCCAGAAGGUGAAAAGGGGAUUGUGUUUGAGACAGAGGUGUCUCAGACCGAAGCUCUACACACUCUGGACUUGUAUAAACACACAUUUGGCAUCAGCAGUCUGAGCUCACUGCAGGACAUGUGUGUGGCGCUGGAGCGGAGUGAGCAAUCAUCAUUAGUUUUUCUGGGUCGAAGGUCACGUACCAAGAGUGACCUCAGCAUGAAGAUGUAUGAGGAGGAGAUUCAGGAAUGGUACGAGGAAUUUUCCAGAACAAACCUUCAACCUGAUGAGACAUUCCACAGAGAUCUGGGCAGUCCUGAAGCUAGUGCAACAGACAGCAUUAACUAAGUAACUUACACAUACUCUUAACAGAGCAAUAGAAUUAACUAAUUCACUCUCUCGUACAUCUGAGGGACUGUGGGACCGUCUUCCAUUAAUGGAAAGCACAGGUGCUCGCCAUAACAACACUGGCGUUCACCAUGACAUAUCAGUUCACCUUCCUUUCACAUGGAGACCUAUAGAACUUCUUCACUUUAAGCCUUAGUCCCCAAAUUCCUUACGGUUCUGUGGCCAAUCAGGGAAUCUUGGAAGACCAAUCAUUUGACAUGCACUACGUCUAGGAACCUUUUUCUUCCACGAAAUGCACCUCAUGACAUUUGCCUUGUGUUGGAUGACCUUGAAUGAUUCAGACUCUCUCAUGGAUUUGACAAAUGGAGAGCAGCGAUUGAGUGUUUUUGUGGCUGAUGAAUCAGAACUGAAUGUGAGGAUUUUUAGACUUAAAUGACUCGUCUCUUUCUCUGGACUCUGAGGUAUUGCUUAACCAACAGAUAAAAGAUAAUAAUAAUAAGCUAAUGAUGGUUUUAAACUAAAGCUGCUUUUUGCUAGAACCUUUGGACCUAUUGAGAUUUCAAACUAAGAUUUUUUUUUUUUGUCUAUAUAUAUAUAUAUAUAUAUAUAUAUAUAUAUAUAUAUAUAUAUAUAUAUAUAUAUAUAUAUAUAUAUAUAUAUAUAUAUAGUAUAUACCUACAUUCAUACAGUCUGGAAUCUUGGACUUGUCUUGGAAACUGACCCUGGAUCUCUCAGUUUGUUCAAAAUUUUGUGUUGUCACCCAAAGAGAUUUUAAGUUUGUAUGGAGUCACUAUUGUUUUAGAACCAAAUUGUAAAGCUGAGAGUAAUUUUACAGAUCCCUUAUGAUGUAAUUCUCACCCCCAAACUGUCUUCUGUUUGCGCAGGAUCCACUUCAAAUAAAAUGUAGUCAAAAUCACACAGUUGUAUUCCACCCUUAUCCUACCAUCCUAGAAAUUCUGUGAAUGCAAAGCUAAAUUUUCCUUUGUGUAAAUGAAACUGUAGAUGGUGAGGAUGAUGAUGACGAUGACAAAUUUAAUAGACAACUUUGUCCCUAAUGAUGGUUUUACACAGUGCUUCAAAGUAUUUUAUUUAUUUACAGUAAGAUAAACAAUUCUGUUUCACAAGCGUCUCACCUGUUAGCUGCAUUGUAUGAGUGAUUUUUUUUUUUAUGCCUUUAAUAGAGGGUGAGGGAAGCAAUAUGAAACCUCAUAAAUGAUUGUUUACUGUUGUCUAGACUAGAGUAUCUGAUCUGGAGAGCCUGCUGUGAUGCUCUUGAAUGUAAGGGAACAUGAUGCAUACUUGAUCUGACAAAAAGUAACAAAUCAUACCAGCUCCUCUCACACUGUAGUUUUUACCUGUGUCUCAGUUUUCUGUACUUGUUGUUUUGUACAUGUACAACAAUUCCACAGAUCUAGUAAAUUAUUCAUUUUAAUGAAA